AUGGAGGAUAAUGAUUGCGACCACCUCAAAGGAGCCGGCAAGCUUAUUCCCAACGACCCUCGAGUCCGAUACGCCUCGGCCGAGAUCCACGGCAACACCUACCACUACAUAAUCGGCGAACCCGGGUCCAUGCCCCCUAUUAGCACUGUCUUUUUGAUCCACGGCUUCCCCGAUUUGGGGUUUGGCUGGCGUUAUCAGGCCAUCUUCAGCGUCUGUACGCCCUUCUUGCUACCCAUGAAGCCUUACAUGGCCAUUGAGGAUCUGGUGGCCGGACCGUAUAAGCAUCUCACCUAUAUGCUUCAGUUCAUAGGGCCCGAGAUUGAAGUCGCCAUUCGGGAACGAGAAGAUAAGCUGCCUACCCUCUCGCGAAGUGUCUGGCUUUCGGAGGACGAAUUGAGCUACUAUGCGGACCAGUUCAUGCUUCAAGAAGCUCCGCGGAUGCGGGGGCCUCUCAACUGGUACAGAACUCGCAAGAUUGAUUGGGAGGAAGAGCAGAUGCUGGCAAACAAGCCCAUUACUCUUGAGACGCCGACGCUCUUUAUAGCGGCAUCGAAAGACGAAGCCCUACCCCCGAGCCUCUCGGCUGGCAUGGAGCAUUUCAUACCGCAAUUGACUAGGGCAGAGGUCAAUAGCUCGCACUGGGCGCUCUGGGAGACGAGCACGCAGGUCAACGAAAUAAUCGGCGAGUGGCUGCGAAGCCAGAUUGGCAACGCUGCAAGGCCGUCCCUCAAGCCUUCGCUGUAUUGA